AUGAAGCUUCGAUACGCCCUGGGGGUAAUCUAUGCCUCGACUUUGUCGCUUUCAGGCGUAUGCGCCAUUGAGCUGGACGUCGAUUCACCAGAUUCGAUCAAGAAUGCUGCAAAAGCACUCUCGACGAACCUACGGAAGUAUUACACUGGCGACAGGCUAGGCGACGUCCCUGGCAAUCUUCCAGAUCCGUAUUAUUGGUGGGAAUGCGGUGCUAUGUUCAACGCGUUCAUCGAUUACUGGUAUUAUACUGGAGACGACCAAUACAAUGCUAUUACAGAGCAAGCGCUGCAGCAUCAGAUUGGGGACUACAACGCUUUUAUGCCGCCAAAUCAGACUAGAACCCUUGGAAACGACGAUCAAGCAUUUUGGGGCAUGGCCGCCAUGUCAGCCGCUGAGAAUAGAUUACCUGACGUCAAAGACGGACCUUCAUGGCUCUCUCUCGCUCAAGCCGUGUUCCAAACUCAGCAUAAUCGAUGGGAUACAGAGAAAUGCGGUGGCGGGUUCAAGUGGCAGAUCUUUUUCACGAAUCCCGGAUACACCUAUAAGAACACGAUCUCUAAUGGAUGCUUCUUCAAUAUCGCUGCACGUCUAUAUAAGUAUCUUGGAAACGAUACGUACUCUGAUUGGGCCGAAAAGACUUGGGAGUGGGAGCAGUCCAUCGGACUCAUAAGCUCAGAUUUCCAUUUCUUCGAUGGCACCGGCGACGCUGAGAACUGCACUUCUAUCAAGAAAAUUCAAUGGACCUACAAUGCCGGCGUGCACAUCUCUGGUGCUGCUGCGAUGUGGAAUGUUACUCAAAAUCAGCUAUGGAAAGAUAGGGUUCAAGGCAUCCUCAAUGGACUUGACGUCUUCUUCAAGGAUGGUGUCAUGACGGAAGUCGCAUGUGAGAACAAUGGCAUGUGCAACCUCGACCAGCGUUCCUUUAAAGCAUAUCUCGCCCGCUGGUUAGGAUACACGGCCAUCGUCGCGCCAUGGACGCGCGAGCAGGCCACCUCAGCAAAGGCGGCUGCAGCACAGUGUAAUGCUGGUGCAGACCAGGUGUCGUGCGGUCUCCGAUGGACGAAAAAUGGCAUAAAUGACGGCAGUUUUGGUGCCGGUGAACAGAUGGCUGCGUUGGAAAUAGUCCAGGCACUGCUUUAUCCCACUGUGGAUGGUCCGGCUACUACUGAAAGAGGUGGUAUUUCGCAGAGCAAUCCAAACGCUGGAAUCGAGGCGCCUAACGACGAUGGUUCUAUUCAUUUCGAUUCUAUCAGUACUAGAGAUCGGGUUGGCGCAAGUGUCUUGACUGUUCUUGUGGUGGGUGGUUCGCUUGUCGGUGCUUGGUGGAUGGUUUCGUAG